AUGGACUCGCUGCGUGCUGCCAGCGACCGUGUGGUGAUCUGCUUGGAGAAAGCUGAGGCUGAUCUCAAAGCUGUGGAACACCGACUGGAGGAGGAAUUUCAACAGACGUAUGCAGGAAAGGGGGAGUUGGUAGAGAAGGCAAAUCGCCAGAUGUCAGCCACAAGGGAGCUGUUGGAGCAGCUGCAGAGCAGAGCAGGACUGCCUGUGGCUUCAGCAGAUGCUGAAGAGGACCCCUUCCAGGGCUUCAGGGCAGCAGCUGCAGGCUGCCAGGCCAGAAUGGUCCUCCUGCACUAA